AUGAGCAAGAUGAGCGAUAAAAAUUCGAGUGCCCCCGAGGGUGAGAAGGAAGCGGGAGACCUCGAAGCGGGUCCAACAGCGAUCAGCUCAGAGCCGUCCCUCGACGACGUCGACAGAGAUCCAAAUCUCAUCACUUGGGAUGGGCCCAAGGACCCGGAGAAUCCAAAAAACUGGCCCAAAGGUCUGAGAUGGAAGAACACCUGGACAAUCUCCCUCUUUGUUUUCAUCUCGCCCGUGUCGUCGUCGAUGAUUGCUCCCGCCAUGGACGACCUCGCCAAGUCCCUGGGGAUGCACACGGAAAUCGAGAUAUACCUGUCCUUGAGUAUCUUUAUUCUCGCCUACGCCAUCGGUCCCAUCUUCUUCGGUCCGGCGUCGGAGCUCUACGGUCGGGUACGUUUACUUCAGGUCAGCAAUCUGUGGUAUUUGGCCUGGAAUCUGGGAUGCGGUUUCGCUACGACCAAGGGCCAGCUUUUUACUUUUCGUUUUCUAGCCGGUAUUGGUGGUAGCGCACCGCUGGCUAUUGGGGGUGGAGCCAUUAGCGAUAUGUGGAUGGCGGAGGAGCGUGGCAAGGCUAUGGGUGUCUAUACUCUUGGACCACUUCUGGGACCCGUGGUCGGACCGAUUGCUGGCGGGUUCAUCGCUGAGUAUUCAACCUGGCGCUGGGUGUUCUGGUCCACCUCCGCUGCUGCCGUCGCAGUGCAGAUUGUUGGAUUCUUUUGGCUACAAGAGUGUCACCCGGGCACGCUUCUACGGAAACGACGUGACUGUCUCGCAAAAGCAACGGGCAACGAGAAUCUACAUACCGCGGAUAAGGUUGAGACACUCGGCUACAAGCUUCUUCAUGCCUUUGGGCGGCCGGUGAAAAUGUUUACAACGCAGCCCAUCGUCUUCUGUAUGGCCAUCUACAUGGCUUACCUCUUUGGAAUUACGUAUCUGAUGUUUGCAACCUUCCCCACUAUCUGGACCGUGGUCUAUCAUGAGAGUCCCGGGAUCGGCGGCCUUAACUAUCUCUCGAUUGCCAUUGGAUCCUUCAUCGGGCUCUUCUUCAACCUCAAGCUUGUUGACCGCAUCUACAAAGGUCUCAAAGCGCGGAACAACGACGUUGGCAAGCCCGAGUUUCGCAUGCCGUCGCUGGCAGUGGGCUCGGUAAUCAGCACCAUCGGGCUCUUCUGGUACGGCUGGAGUAUUGGUAACACGCACUGGAUCAUGCCCAACAUUGGGGCACUGAUUUUUUCCAUGGGCAUAAUUUCCUGCCUGCAGGGCAUGCAGACGUACAUUGUCGACAGCUACCAAACCUACGCGGCCAGUGCCAUGGCUGCCUGUGCUGUGCUUCGCAGUUUAUGUGGCUUCGGCUUCCCGUUAUUUGCCCCGUACAUGUACAAUUCCCUGGGGUAUGGAUGGGGGACCAGUUUGCUGGCCUUCACCACCAUGGCCAUUGGGUGGGGGGCGCCCCUUGCCUUCUGGCAUUUUGGUCCCCGGCUCCGUGCUAUGUCCAGAUAUGCCUCGGGCUAA